AAGAAAGAGCCAGCCGGCUAAAGCAUAUACGAGAAAGAGGGGAAGAAAAAUUGACAUCUUGUAAAGUGAAAUCAAGUUUAAAAAUUUUGACAUUUCGGGAGUGCUUUGGGAUUUCAAUAAAUAAUACUUCGUCUUCGGAUUCCUUUGCCAAAAGCAGUGAAAACUUAUGAAAGUUUAGGAUUGUGUUUUUUCAGCUCACCUUGUAUUUCAAUCAAAGAGGGCUCCCUUUUUACUCGUUAAUGGAUCCCAAGGGUUCUAAGGAAUUACCCAACUUCUUGAGCCUGCCAACACAACCACAACAACAGCUUCAAAACAUGGGUGAGAGCAAAACAGCUGAAACGAAGGAUGUUGUUGUUGCAGAUAAAGAAGAAGGGAAGAAACAACAGUUGGCCCCAAAGAGGAGUUCUAACAAGGACAGGCAUAUCAAAGUUGAAGGAAGAGGUAGAAGGAUAAGGAUGCCUGCCUUAUGUGCAGCUAGGAUCUUUCAGUUGACCAGGGAAUUGGGUCACAAAUCUGAUGGGGAAACCAUACAGUGGUUGUUACAACAAGCUGAACCAUCGAUAAUAGCCGCCACGGGGAGCGGAACGAUACCGGCAUCUGCUUUGGCGGCUGCUGGAGCCUCAGUUUCACAGCAAGGGGGCUCUCUAUCAGCGGGGUUGCACCAAAAGAUGGAAGAUUUAGGGGGGUCCAGUGUAGGGUCAGGGAGCAGUAGGACCAAUUGGGGAAUGGUUGGUGGCAAUUUGGGAAGACCCCCUCAUGUGGCAGCAGGGUCAUGGCCCCCAGUCAGUGGUUAUGGGUUUCAGUCGUCAUCUGCUCCAUCUACAACAAAUUUAGGCAGUGAAGGUUCUAAUUAUCUUCAAAAGAUUGGGUUUCCUGGUUUUGACUUGACAGCUACUACCAUGGGUCAGAUGAGUUUCACCUCAAUGCUGGGUGCGGCUAACCAACAGCUCCCUGGUUUGGAACUUGGGUUGUCUCAAGAAGGUCAUUUUGGGGUUCUAAAUCCUCAAGCCUUGACCCAGAUUUAUCAGCAGAUGGGGCAGGCGAGAGUGCAUCAACAACAGCAACAACAGAACCACCAUCACCACCACCACCACCACAACCAGCCUUCUGCUAAAGAUGAUUCCGAAGGAUCAGGCGAGUAAAGUUAUCAACUUUGGGAGCAAGAUCAAAAAGUAGCAUGGCUGAGAGAGGAUGACCUCCUUUUCUUGUAAUGCUUUUCAAUAUUGUAUAAUUGGAGAAAAAAAAAUAGUGAGAAAAAAUGGAUAAUUUGCCUCUCAGAAAUCUAUGGUGAUUGGAUGGAUAUUUUUGCCCCCUUCUUUCUGCACUGCAUCACCCGGAUUUCCAUUACAGAGGUGGAGCUUUGGACAGCCUAGUAGCUUGGUUUUGGGCUUAUCUUCUGGUUUGAUUCAUAGGUGUGUUGAUUAGUACAAGGCAAAUUUAAUAGUCUUCUUCUCUAGGUCUGGAUGGAGUUGUAAUCAGUUGUUUGUGAAAUUAAAAAUAGCAAUUUGUUGUCAUGCAUGUCCAGUUUCUUCUUAUAUGAAGUAAGAACUCUUAUUUCUCUAGAAGAAAUAAAGUGCAAAUUAUUGAUUA